AUGGCCAGCCUCUCGGGUCGGAUAGCUUCGGACCAAAAACCACUGCACGAUUCGAUGAACACGCCAACGAACUCGAGCUUGACGCCCCACUCGAACACGAAUGCCCCGCCGGCCGCCCCACCGGUGCUCACCUCCAUCAGCUCGUCCCAGGCCGCCGCGCCGCUCAACGACUCCAACAACAACAACACCGGCGCGGCCUCGAUCCUGUCCCAGUCCGCUCAUCCGGGCGCACUCGUGUUUUUGUACUUGUUCCGGUCCGCCGCGGUCGCGACCUACCUCUUCUGUGGCUUCGUCAGUAGCUCCUACGUGUUCUCGGUCAGUCCCCAGUCCCGCCGCCGCCGCCGCCACAUCCAUGUCCAACCGUGCUUGAACGCAUCGCCAUUCCUGGUCCCCCUUCUAGACCGUCCUCGUCGUCGUACUGCUCUCGCUCGACUUUUGGACCGUCAGGAACGUCUCGGGACGGCGAUUGGUCGGGCUGCGCUUCUGGAGCCAGGUCGACGAGGACGGGACCGCCUUUUGGGUCUUUGAGAGCCGUAGUGUCAGUAUCUCCACAGAGGGGUCGACAGUCGGAAAUCUCGUGUCGCGGCUGACUCCCCUGUACGAAUCCCACAGCCCGACCAAGUCGCCAACGUCAUUGACGCGAAAAUGUUCUGGAUCGCGCUCUACACCGUAAGCCAACUUCAAGGGCUCGAGAGGAACGGAGUGGAACCGGUACCAACCUCGACAGGCAAGGUCACUGACGACCAUUAACCUCACGAACAGUUCCCUGUCAUCUGGAUCGCGCUCUUCUUUGUCGGACUGCUCAAAUUCAACCUCUCCUUCUUGCCCAUCGUCGCGCUGGCCUUGGUCUUCAACCUCACCAAUGCCGUAGGGUACACAUACGGUGAGUCAGCUAUCUAGCUUCCAUCUAUUCAAAUGGACAGCAUCCACUAACCACUGAGAUCGCGUACCCCUGAAACCCUCUCCAUCCCCUUCGUUCGGCAGCUGUAAGCUUUGUGGCAAUGUUCCCCUUCGGCCCACCGACCGCUCACUGACCUCACAUUCUCAUUCUCACCUUCGACAUUUAGGACCGGGACGCAAAACGCCGAUGGGCUACCGGGGUCGGCAUGUCGGGCCUAUUGGGAUCCGUCGGUGGGCUGGGAGGGUCGAUGGUCACUGGCUUGGCUUCGAAUGCCUUCUCGAGGCUUUUCAAGUGA